ACUACCAUUCACUACAUCGCUUCUCGAGAAGAAUCUUGAAUUUUUGCAUUACCCUACCAAAACCACCACCGACUUCGACUUCGCGGGAAAGUAAAGCCCUUCUUUGCAAAAGACAAAGCACACGUGCGACGCUCACCAACGACUUCAACGGCUCUCUCUUGCUGGAGACUUGAAUGCUAGUGCCUACUGUGAGCGAGGAGCCCGUGAACGCGAUCCAUUCGUCCAAUUCGCGCGCGCUACGUUCCAACCAGAAGCACCGAGGCGCGACAUUCGCCAACGAACCGUCGUGGCGUAAGUUCGAUUUUGCUGAAUUGGUUAACUAGCCAGGUGCAGAAGUGUGACAAUCUGACCCCAGCUGAGCACGUGCCCAUCAAGUGCAGUGCAGUGAGUUCCGAACCUGUGUAGUCAAACGAGAGGGUUUCUGCUCUCCCGUAAUUGAAACCGGAGCAAAAGGCUAGACUUUAGUACGGUGUACUAAAACAGGCCGGUUGGAUAUUCGCAGACGAGAGAGAGAGCCUAGUGAGACCCACUUUGAAAGUUCGUAUGUGACGAAAGUGAGAGUGAGCGUUCCUGCAGAGACCCCAAACCAGCGACCGCGAGUGGUUUGUUUUUCGAAGCAAUUAUAAAAGUGUUAUUCCGCAUUUUAGCGCCUUUUAGUACCGUAUGGACUGUUGAUACAGAAUGAAGUGGAUUAUUGUGUUAUCGUUAUUGGUGUCAGUGUUGGCCCUGCAAACGACAGCCGCCAACAGGGAGAAAAAGCCAGAGAAGCGACCAACGAAGAAAGCUUCAUCGGCGAAGCCAACCAAGACACCAAAAUCCAUUGUCGACGAGUUUACCGGCUUGCCGCCAGAGGACAUCGACUUCAUUAAAGAACUGGACAAGCAAUUCAACGAAGCCGGAGGGAACAAGCUAAAAAUCAAAGUCCAGCGAGACAACAGCUCCGACACGAGAAGUAGUAAGCGGACCAUCGAUGGUGAACUGGGAUAUGGUCCUUACAGUAACCAUCAUGAAGGAGGGUAUCAUUUUUCCAAGCAGAAAUAUAUGUUAUAUCCCUACGCCCAUCAUGGCGGUCAUGUGAAAGCUACGCACUCCACUGAGGAAACCGUCACCGAACUAGAAAUCACACCAUCGCACAGCUACGAACUGAAACCCAUCGAGGAGGUAUACCAGGUCUACCCCGAUGGACACUAUCAUCAGUCAUCACGCGAACAGCAUUACUACGAUCAACAACAGCACCAUCAGCAACAGCAACAACAGCAAGAUGAUGAUGUUCCUACAAUUGUCCUGAAGAUUCCAGGACCUGCUAAGUAUGCUCAGCAUCUGCAGGCCCUCCUGCAGCAAUACUUGGAAGUUCGUGCAGCCCAACUAUACAAGGAAUUCCAGGAACAAGAGUACCAACAUCAGCAACAGGUGAUCGCACAGCAACAACAGCUGCUCGUACAACAGCAACAACAACAUCAGCACCAACAGCAGCUGCAAGCACAUCAGCACUAUCACCACGGUCACCAGCAUCAACCUCAGCCAACGAAAUACAGUCAACCUGACCCAUACCAAACUGAAGAAGUCUACGUCCCAAUGUACAAUGCUGGACACGGCAAGUUCAUACCUGUUCACGGUCACUAUUAUGAAUCACCGAGAAAUCGACCAACACAACCAUCUUAUCGCAAGCCAUCCCCUACUCCAACACAUGUCCCCUACCACAGCUCUCCAGAGCCUGACCAUCAAGCCUAUGAAUAUGAAACCUACCACCAACCACAACCCGUUGCUCAACAACAGCAUCAACAAGUCCAGUACCAAUACGUACAUCAGCAGCCUGAAACUGCUCCUGGAUCACAACAACAAGAGUACGUCUACCAAAAACCCGUAGUCAACUUUGUUACUCCAUCUCCAGAUCACGACGAACCCGAGGAGCACUAUCACCACCAAACCCCACCAAAAUAUCAGAACUUUGCCCAGUACCAUGCCCAGCACAAACCACAACACCAGGAACCCGAGGACUACCUCCCGGAACCGAAACUGGUUGAGAACUACCCCAGCGACAAGCACACUCGGGUGGUCUACAAACCUCAAGCGGUCAAGGCCCAGCUCCAGCAAGCCUCCGAAGAACAACCCGAGUAUGCCGCUCACCAUGCCCAGCAACCAGAAGAGCACGAUCACCAGCAACAGUACAUCUACCAAGCGGUGUACCCCUCACACGCUCCAUACCUGGAGAACAAGGCUUUCAUCGAACCAGUGACCCCGGAAGCGAUCAACGACCUACACAGCCAUGGUUCAUCUCCGGCACCGGAAAUCGAAUCACUCUACAAUACCGAACCGAUCGUUGCCAUCACCCAGAAACCGAAAGCCAUCUACAACUACCACGCCAAUACGCCACGAUCUAACUCCGGCCAUCGGAUGCAUGCCACCAGAUCGGCCGGCAGUGGCAGCAGCAGCAGCAAGUCCAGCAGUUCUUCCCGUAGCUCGUCAACGUCGUCCAGUUCCAGCAGCAAGGCAUCCAGCAAACGGGACGCCCCCUAUACCGAGGAACAGUUCAAAAAGAUCAACAAGAUGGUCCACCGGAUGAAGAAGAAGACUCACAAUACAGCCACGACCACUGAUCGGAGUGAGACCGGGACCAAGAUGAGUCUGUAAUGCACCCCCAAAGAAGCCACAAGGCUUCCCGAUGUAAAUGUAUUUUUAGUUGCGCAGAUUUACUAGUUAGGAGUUUAUUAUUUAAAUUAUUAACCCGAUGGAAGUUCGAAAAAAGCAAAAGAGGGAGGAGUGCGUUGAGCCCUCGAACAAAGAAAACUAAGAUGAUUUAGGUUCUAUGUUGAAACCGCCAUAAUGAUUAUCUUUUUGAAAAUGUACUCGGUUUGUUUGUGACCUGCUUCUAAAACCCUUGGAAGCGAGAUUGACCAGACAACUACAUAUGACGCAGAAAACGAGAUCAGCCUUAUGAAAUACUACACGGAAUUGUUGAUCGUGAGAACAGAUUGACAUUGGAACCGACCCAUCUCCGUCAAACUCAUUCUAACAUGAGCAUUUUAUGUUUAUCGUAGAUAGUCAAACGAUUAAGUUAAUUCAAGACAGAGUUGACGUUUAGACAGUAUUUAGUGGUAGUUAAGAAGACAUAAGCAAUAAAAUACCAAAAAAUUUAG